AUGGACGCCGGGGAGCCCCGGGAGCCCCGGGAGCCCGGGCUGGGGGCCGAGAGCGCCGCGGCCACGGCCACGCGCUGGGAGGAAGCCAACACUUUCUGCGGGAACCUCACGCCCAGGAAGAAGCCCAAAUCGCCCAAGCCUCAGAACGCAGUCACCAUCGCCGUGUCCUCCCGCGCCCUGUUCCGCAUGGACGAGGAGCAGCGGAUCUACAUGGAGCAGGGCGUGGAGGAGUACGUGCGCUACCAGCUGCAACACGAGAAUGAGCCGUUCAGCCCCGGGCCGGCCUUCCCCUUCGUGAAGGCUCUGGAGGCAGUGAACAGGCAGCUUCGGGACCUGUACCCCGACAGUGAGGACAUCUUUGACAUAGUCCUUGUAACCAACAACCACGCUCAAGUGGGUGUCCGUCUCAUCAAUAGCAUCAACCACUAUGACCUGUUCAUCGAGAGGUUCUGCAUGACAGGAGGGAACAGCCCCAUUUGCUACCUCAAGGCCUAUCACACCAACCUCUACUUGUCAGCUGAUGCAGAAAAAGUUCGAGAAGCCAUUGAUCAAGGGAUCGCAGCUGCCACCAUCUUCAGCCCCAGCAGGGACGUGGCUGUGUCCCAGAGUCAGCUGCGCGUGGCCUUCGACGGGGACGCUGUGCUCUUCUCGGACGAGUCGGAGCGCAUUGUCAAGGCCCAUGGGCUGGACAGGUUCUUCGAGCACGAGAAGGCCCAUGAGAACAAACCCCUGGCCCAGGGACCCCUCAAGGGCUUUCUGGAGGCCCUGGGGAGGCUGCAGAAGAAGUUCUACUCCAAGGGCCUGCGGCUGGAGUGCCCGAUCCGCACCUACCUGGUGACGGCCCGCAGCGCAGCCAGCUCCGGGGCCCGGGCCCUCAAGACCCUGCGCAGCUGGGGCCUGGAGACGGACGAAGCCCUGUUCCUCGCGGGCGCGCCCAAGGGCCCCCUCCUGGAGAAGAUCCGCCCGCACAUCUACUUCGACGACCAGAUGUUCCACGUGGCCGGGGCUCAGGAGAUGGGCACCGUGGCCGCCCACGUGCCUUACGGUGUGGCACAGGCUCCCCGGCGGACUGCGCCUGCCAAGCAGGCCCCAGCUGCACAGUAG